CUGAUGCUUCAGUCAUGAAAGUAUUAAUACAUCUAUUGAAAGUCAUGAAAGGCACAUUUGUGAUGUCGAUGAGGGUAACUGAAGAGACAAGGGGGUUAAUUUACUGUAUUCAGAUAAGAAAUCUGCCUAUAAAUAAAGCCAGAAGUAUUAUGCCUACUGUUUGUGCAUUUUACAACCAGACACAUGUACUGUUUUUUUAAAGAAUGCAUUUGUUUAUGCAGUGGAGGAACACUCCAGUGUUUGUUACAUUAUACAUUGUUGUGGUGACUGUGUGGGGACCGGUACAAGUGCAGUAAAGUAACUAGACUCUUGGCUGCUGCAGAAAGAAGCAGUUUCUUCAUCACAUGGAUACAGCUGAGGUCAGAAACAAGCUCCAGCUGACAUGGCAGCAUGCAAAGGAUUCCAGCUGCUCCUCGGAUUUGUGGGAUCCAUGUUUCUAAUCAUGUUGACCUUUUACCGAUGGGACAUGUCACAAGAAAAGAAAGCAGAGCGGAUCCAUCAGCUGCAGGAACUGAGGAAGCAGCUGCUCAGAGAAACGUGUGACGGUGACAAAGAGGCAUUUAAGCACAGUUUAGAAGACACGAGUGACAAAGAGCUGGAGAACCUCAUUGUGGAUGACAAACACGGCAUCAUCUACUGUUACAUUCCCAAGGUGGCGUGCACCAACUGGAAGAGAGUCAUGUUUGCCCUGAACAAGACUGAGCCAUAUCCUGAGCCCAUUUCUAUAUCCAAGGACUUAGUCCACAUGCCCAACACUUUCACGCUCCUUAACAGCUUCCCAAGACCAGAGAUGAAGGCAAAGCUGAAGCACUACACAAAGUUCCUGUAUGUCCGGGACCCGUUGGUCCGUCUCAUCUCCGCCUACCGAGACAAGUUCCAGCGACACAAUCAGUACUUCUAUGAAAACUUUGCCCGGGACAUUCUGCGCCUGUAUGGCAACCAGCCGGAUCCGCCACAGACAGUGGACGAGGCGUUUGCAUCUGGGGUGCAUGCCUCAUUUCACAACUUUAUCCAGUACCUGCUGGACCCGCAGACAGAGGAGAAGCAGCCAUUUGAACCCCACUGGAGGCAGAUGCACCGCCUGUGCCACCCUUGCCUAAUACAGUAUGAUUUUGUUGGCCAUCAGGAGACUCUUCAGGAGGAUGCUGAACAGCUGCUGAAGAUCUUAAUGCUGGAGGGCGACAUUAGGUUCCCUCCUUCCUAUGAAAACAUGACUUCCCCUGCUUUCGUGUUGGACUGGUUCAGCAGAGUGCCCCUAGAGGACAGGAGGAAGCUGUACAAGCUCUAUGAGGGGGACUUCAGGCUGUUUGGCUACACUACGCCUGCUGAGUUGCUUGAUGGUUGAAAGGAAGUUAUGACUCUUCACUACCAACUCACUGCUGAGCAAAAAAUAAUCCCUAAAGGACAUGACAAACAAUUGACCUGGCUUUCUGAGAAACAGUAAUUAUAAGCACUGUAAGUAUGUACAUGUAGGAUUUCUACGCUACACCACCCUAAUCUAGACACUAAGAUGUAGUGAGAUAUGUUCAUUUCAACUCCGUUUAUUCCCACUCGAAGGGUUGGCUAAAAUAAUCAAAUAAAUAAUAAAUAAUAAAACUGACUAAAUGUAGAUUGCACACUAGGUUUUCAAUUCUUGCAUGUUUCCACAUUCUUUCAAAUGUACUUUCCUAUUGUGUUAGUAAAUGACUUUGACUUUGAAAUAAGCAGCUGGAGGAAGGUAGCUUUUAUUAUUUACAAAAAGUAUUCUUGUAAGGAAUAUUUAAACAGUCUCACUCACACAAGAUGCAAAAAGAUGUGGCAUUCAACGGGAUUAUACAAAAAGGUUUGCAUUUCCACACUUCAUAGGGUAGCUACAUCCAAGGUCUCUUAAAUUGCAUCCACUUCUUUUCCUUGCGGUCAGUCCCGUCGGGAUGAAUGGAGAGACGCAAGGAAACCAUGCGAGGAGACAGGAAACGAGGAAAUGUGUUUUUAGACAAAUGAGACGUCUUCUCCUUAGAAGCGUCACGUGAAGCGACGGCAGCUUCUGAUGGGGGCGAUCACAGCUGAUGGUCAGUCUGCUUUAACAGCUGUAGAGCGUUUUGAUGGCGUUUGUGUCUGCACACAUGCGCUAAUACUAUUAAAGACACAGUUAUCCGUACGAACACUUGCACAUGAAUAACAGCCUGCAGUCUGUCUUUAUACGGAUUACUGUGUCCUGCUGAGAGGCACAGGGACCUUCUCUACGGCCAGAAUGUAUUUAUGCAUUAUUUGCGUCAAUAUUUAUUGAUAUUCUGAUUGUGAACUCAUUAUUUAAUAACCCAGAAUAUGAAUACGGUGUCUUUUGAACACUGGACAUUUUCUAUUAGGCUUAAUGUUUCAAAGAAACUAUGUAAUUCGUACCAAACCCGACGCUCAGGAAUGAUCAGCCUCACAUGUGACUGAAUGGAAAUGAUAAAUCUAAUAAUGAGAAAUAAAAAUGUAAAUGUAAAAAUGUUUCUUGCUAAAAACUCUCCUAAUAUCUCUGAAUUAAAUUGUAUCCAUAAUAAAAGUUAAAGGGAAAAAUAACAGAUCAUGGAAAGAAGAAUCUUUCUUAUAAAUGAAGAAAGUUGUUUUUGGUCCGUUUUGUUUAAAUCUACAAAUAACACAGAUCUUUAACUAGGUGGUAAAUGAGAAAACAAAUAUAAUAUACACUUUAAAGUGAUGCACUUGAGUUUCUGUUAUAUCAAAUAAGAGACUUGGGAUGCACCCAGUGAUACCUCAUGUCCUCUGUGAUGACAAUUCAAUUUGAAUCCAAAUCAAAUGACUUUCCUUUCCGUGAGGAACUUCAUUUGUGCAGUGGAUGAAUAGGACAUGUAAACACAUGUAAAACCUAAUUCACAUACAAAAGCUAAGGAUGAAAACAGGGAGUAAAAGCCGGGGGCAGUUAUAGUGUAGCAGUGCUACAGUGCAGUAAUGCUGGUGUCUGUGUGUCUGUGGGAGCAGGUGGGGAUGGAGGAAGUUAACAGUUCAGUAGACAAAUGGAGGUCGGAGCAAAACUAGAUGACAAAAUGUGAGAAGAAAGGAAAAAAACCCUUACAGAAUUAUGAUUA